AACCGCGAAAUCCUAACGUCAAGAUUGGACACUUUUUGCAGCUGGCACCCUAUUGCGUCGCCGCUUGAGACGAAAACAGUUGGAUGGCAUACGACACUAUGAGUGCUGCUUGUCCGAGCCCAUCACGAGCAUAAGCACCUGAUGAACGAGCUCAACGAUGGCGACGGACGCGGCCUCGGAGUCAGCGGCAGCGUCGGCGUCGGCGUCAGCGUCAGCGUCAGCGGUCGUGGCAGCGGCAGUGGUAGCAGCAGCGGCAACAGAAUUGGCAAUGACCCGCUGAAGAAAGGGCCUCGUCCAGUCACCAAUCCACUCACAGCCGCCGGACCUGUACGCACCGGCGCACGUGUAAGUGGUGGCUUCAACAGUACAGCACUGCACUGGUACCACCGAUACCUAGUCGAGUUGGUCCUACGUCGGAAAGCUCUUCCCCCUUCCCGGGAUGGACGCCACAUCCCCCUGAGACUGCAUCCCGAGAGCCCCCUCGUCGACGAACGGCGGGGAAAGGCCUUCAUCUCAAACACGAUCCGCACCUCUCGCUACACGCUCUACAACUUCUUCCCAAAACAGCUCCUUUUCCAGUUCUCCCGUCUGGGCAAUUUUUAUUUCCUGUGUGUCGGCGUCCCGCAGAUGGUCCCAGGCAUCAGCACCACAGGGAGCUACACCACUAUCCUCCCGCUGCUCUUCUUCGUCCUACUCACAAUCGUCAAGGAGGGAUACGAUGACUGGAAGAGACACCGGCUCGAUAAGGUCGAGAAUGCAAGACCAGCAACCGUGCUCCAGUGGACAAAUGGCCAUGACGAGAUAACACGGAACUACCACCAAUGGUGGCCCUUCAAGACGCCCAAGGCGCGGGAUGUCGAGGCAGUCCAAGGACCCGAGAAGCAGGCCGGUGCGGCAUUCCGUUGGCGUAGUUCCAGAUGGAGAGACCUAAAGGUGGGCAACGUUAUCAAGCUCGCUAGAGAUGAAGACGUCCCGGCCGACAUUGUCCUCUUGUACGCCACCGGCGAAGAUGGCAUAGCCUAUAUCGAGACUAUGGCACUCGACGGGGAGACAAAUCUUAAGACCAAGAGGCCCCCUGCAGGGCUCAGUGGCUGCGACUCGAUCGAAGGUCUCUCCAGAUGCCAUGCCGAAUUCGUCGUCGAAGAUCCAAAUCCGGAUCUUUAUAGAUUUGACGGACGCAUGACGGUGGAGGGCAAGACAUUCCCGCUCACCAUCAACGAGGUAGUGUACAGGGGUUGUACCGUCAGGAACACACAGACAGCCAUUGGGAUUGUGGUCAACACGGGAGAGGAGUGCAAGAUCCGCAGAAACGCCGACCGCCACCCUAGCGCAAAGAAGCCUGCCCUCGAACGUAUCACAAACAAGAUUGUUAUUAGUCUUGCCGUCGUGGUUGUCAGCCUUGCUGUUGGAUGCUCCAUGGGGUACCUGAUCUGGCAGCAUAACUACGAGCGUUCUGCUUGGUACCUAGAUGGCCUUGCCGUCCCCUUUUACCAGAUUAUUAUGGGCUUCGCGAUCCAGUUCAACAACAUCAUCCCCCUGGCGCUAUACGUCAGCUUGGAAAUCGUCAAACUCGGUCAGAUGAUCAUGCUGAAUUCCGAUAUCGAGAUGUAUGAUGAGGCAUCAGACACGCCCACCAGGUGUAACACCAAUACCAUUCUCGAGAACCUGGGGCAAAUUGGCUACAUCUUCUCCGACAAGACUGGCACGUUGACCGAAAAUGUCAUGAAGUUCCGCAAGAUGAGUAUUGCUGGAACUGCGUGGCUCCACGAUGUAGAAAUUCUCGAUACCACUGUCUCGACUGAAGAGAGUGAUACCAGCACGCAGAAGGAGAUGGAAUCCGUUGUUCUCACCUUACCUCAAGAGCACGAAAGAAAAGGUUCUGCGCUUAGUACUGUUCUCAGCAACCCCCAGUCCAUAAUUCGCAUCUCCACCAAACGACCCAGUCUGGGUCUUCGACGCUCGUCUUCCAAUUGGCGGUCAACCGGCCGACCCGAUCACUUUCAACCGGAUCUCGGCAGCAAAGACCUACUCGAGUACAUCCAGAUGCGGCCAAACUCGCCCUUUUCGAGACGCGCAAUCCAGUACAUACUGGUCAUGGCGCUUUGCCAUACUUGCCUGCCAGAAGUCAAAGACGGCAAAAUUGAGUUCCAAGCUGCCUCGCCCGACGAGCUUGCCCUCGUGAGAGCCGCUCAAGAACUCGGAUUUUUAGUGACGCAUCGCUCUUCUCAGGCUGUCACUCUCCGAGUCUCGAAUGGUAACGGUGGGUAUGAGGACCGGACGUACGAAAUCCUGGACGUUAUAGAGUUCAGCAGUAAACGCAAGCGCAUGACAAUUAUUGUCCGCUGCCCUGAUGGCCAGAUAUGGCUUCUUACAAAGGGGGCCGACUCAGCCAUUCUCCCAAGGUUGAAGAUGGAGCCUUUGGCUAUGUCAAAGUCCCACGAACUGCGCAAAAGUCUCGAGGCCGAGCGCGAACUUCAGCGCAGGAGCGAGGCCUACGAGCCGCGUAAUAGUUUCGGUGGCCGACCGAGUUUCACAGCAGCGCGGCGCAGUAUUGGCGCUCCAGGGCCUAGCAUAAGUAUUGCCGGGCCAAGUAGCAUGCGACCCGCUGCGAGUCGAAGCAAAUCUUUCGAGAUUGGCAAUCUGUAUCUUUCUCCUUCGGAUGAUCGUCUUCGGCCAUCCCUGCCCCUUCGAACGGUUUCCUUCGAUGUGCCCUCUGACAGGGCGCCGGCGCCUCCCUCGAGGGCAAAUCCUCUUCCCUCUGUACCGGACCGGUUUGCAUUCUUGGAAGACCCAUCGAUUAGCGACGAUGCUACCAUAUUCACCCGCUGCUUCAAACAUAUUGAUGACUUUUCCACCGAAGGCCUUCGGACACUUCUCUUUGCACAAAGAUUCCUGUCAAACCAAGAGUACAAAUUCUGGAAAGAGCUGUAUCAUGAUGCUGAGACGAGUUUGGUGGAUCGACAAGCUCGCAUCGAAGCCGCCGCAGAGAUUAUUGAGCAGUCCCUCGAACUUGUUGGUGCGUCUGCCAUCGAAGACAAGCUGCAGAAGGGGGUGCCCGAAACCAUUGACAGACUGCGGCGCGCAAACAUGAAGAUAUGGAUGCUCACGGGCGACCGCAGAGAGACCGCCCUCAACAUUGCCAACUCCGCUAGAAUCUGUCAGCCCGGGUCCGACAUAUUCGUGCUAGACGUCACAAAAGAAAACCUCGAAGGGCAGAUCCAGGGCGUUAUUGAAGACAUGCAAGCUCCUGUUCCGACCCACACUGUUGUCGUCAUAGAUGGGCACACUCUUGCGGCUCUUGAGAAGGGAGAUUCUGGGCUGUCCAACGCAAAGGAGCUCUUCCACAAUCUCAUCCCAACAAUCGACUCUGUCAUCUGCUGUCGCGCCUCGCCAGCGCAAAAGGCGCUGUUAGUCCGGGCCAUCCGCAAACCCUCGCACUCUGGAUCUGGAUCAGGCUCGGCCUCAGCCCGCGGCCCGCUGACUCUUGCCAUCGGUGACGGUGCCAAUGACUUGGCAAUGCUCUCUACGGCAGAUGUCGGAGUGGGGAUCUCGGGACGUGAGGGCUUACAAGCAGCACGGGUAGCCGACUACAGCAUUGCGCAGUUCCGGUUCCUCUCACGUCUGUUGUUGGUCCACGGCCGAUGGAGCUAUGGACGCACAGCUCGCUUCGUGCUUGCUACCUUUUGGAAAGAAAUGUUCUUUUACCUACCCACGGAGCUCUACCAGCGUUACAAUGGCUAUACGGGUACGAGUCUGUACGAGAGCUGGAGCUUGACGACGCUCAACACUCUGUUCACGAGCUUGUGCGUCAUAGUACCUGCGAUUUGGGAACAAGACCUCGCCGCCGAGACUCUGCUUGCCGUUCCCGAGCUGUACGUCUUUGGUCAGCGGAACAGGGGGUUGAACAUCCCCCUGUACCUCUCCUGGAUGGUGGGUGCCGUGGCUCAGGGAGUGCUGGUCUGGUUUCUGUGCUGGGCCUUUUACGGGGGCUUCGUGGGUCCCGUGCGUGACGGAGGACUGUUUGCGCUCGGAAACCUGAUCUUCUCGGUGAAUAUCAUGUGGACCAACUGCAAGCUCAUGGUCCUCGAUACGCAUUACAAGCCGAGCACCAUCCUCGCAUCGUUCGGAAUCACCGUGAUCGGCUGGUGGCUGUGGCAAUGUUUUCUAGCUGCUAUUUACGCGCCGGGCGUUUGGCCGUAUGCCGUGCGCGGCGGCUUUUUUUCGUCAUUCGGCCGGGACCCGAUCUGGUGGUUAGCGCUCAUCGCCGUCCUGGGACUGUUGGUUUCGCUUCAGCUGGCGUACACGUCCGUCAAGCAGAGUCUAAUAGUUUCGAGUCCGUGGAAGUGGGGGUGGAAAUGGGUUCGAUGGUCCACGUGGAAGGAGGCGUUCGGUCCUCGGUCUUCUACUCCCACGUGGCCCGGCGGCAAGAAUGGUGCUGCUAGCUUGGAGGAUUGGGAUGUUGAGCUGUGGCAAGCCAUGGAGAGAGACUCGGAAAUUAAGGCGACGCUACACAAGAUGAGCAGACUCGGCUACGAAGACGAAGUCGAAGGGGAAGGGGAAGGCGAAGGCGAAGACCAAGAUGGAAAGGCGGACGACGGCGAGCUCGAGAGGCCAAGGGCACCGUGGAUGAGAUAAAGUGCCUGAUUUGCUGGGCUGCGUUGUUUUCUCAAGCCACUACAUUUGUGUUACGUUUGAGAUACCCUUCUUUCAGUUGUUUUGUACAUUUCCGCUAGCGAA